AUGACGCGCGACGGUAAGGUCAAGGAAGGACCCGGCGGACGCGCGUCGGAUCGAACCGCGACAGGUCGAACUCGAAAGGUCGAUGAGAUCGACGUCGACGUCGACGCGACCGCGAGGGACGGCGUCGACCUCCUCGACCUCCUCCCGCGCGCGCUGAUCGACGACGUCGUCUCGCGACUCGACGGCGUCGCCGUCGCUCGCCUCGGGAUGACCUGCCGCCGCAUGCGCGCGGCGACGCGGUCGCACGCGACGUGGCGACGCCUCGCGGAGGCGCAGGAGUCCGCGCCUUCGCUGACGCGUCUCGACCUCGUGACGCGAGACUUCACGUUCCGCCACCUCUACGCGUGGCGGCGGCACGUGCUGCGAUACGCGACGGCGGCGCGCGGGGGCGUGAACCGCAUCGCGGUCGCGGACGCGUCGCGAAUCCUCACGUGCGACCCGGUGCUCGGCGGCGGGAGAGCGUACGUCGCGCACGAGAGCGACGCGGGGCAUCCCUCGGCGAGGGUGUUGCCGCAUCUGACGUGCUGGGCGCCCGACGGCGAGCUCCUCGCGGGGGUGCAGGAGCACCCGGACGGGUGCGUCGUCGUCGUGUCCGCGCCGCCGGUGACGCUCCGGGUCAGGAAUUUGAGAGGGGGGCACGGCGGCGCGGAGGAGGAGGACGACGGCGGCGGCGCGGGGGAAGGUUUUAUACCCUGGUUUAGGCCGCGUCUCUCCGGCGGCGGCACGGGGAGGCAGCGCGGGGGCGAGUGCGCGUUCGGCCCGACCGGGGACGAGGACAGCACCGCAGGGCAGGGGAACGGCGCGGUCGCGGGCGGCGGCGGCGGCGGCGGCGGCGCGGACGACGACGAAGGAGGCGUCGCGGCGAAAGCGGCGAAAGCGACGACGACGACGACGACGAGGCGCGCGGUUCCCGCCGCGCCGCCGCCGCUGCCGGUCAAGAACGAGCUCACGCUCGCGACCAAAAAGCCACUCUUCGCCGCGUUCGCGCCGUGCGGGACGCGCCUGGCGAUCAUGCACGUCACGCCCGACGGCGAGCGCGUCGCGCUGCACUCGUUGGACCUCUCCGUCGCGCUCGCGAGUCUGUACGGGAAACACCCCGGCGCGGGCGCCGCCGCCGGCGCCGCGAGCGGCGGCGACGCGCGAGAGGCGAUCGCGCUGAUGACGGCCGCGCGCGAGCUCUCGUUCGCGUUCGCGCCGGACAGCGGCGACGUGUUGACGUUCGAGGACGGCUUUCGCGUCGCGCGGACGUCCAGGAAGCCGCGGGAGCCGCUGGUAUCGAUGACGGAGGAUGCGUUCGACGACGACGACGACGGCGGCGGCGGCGGCGCGGCUUCGGGCGCGAACGGAGGCGGCGGCGGACGACCGCAGUUCGUAGAAAGUUCCGGCGUGCGCGACGACGACGACGACGACGACGACGACGACGACGACGACGACGCGCCCACGUCCGGGGAGGUGUCUUCCGCGGUGAAGUCGCUGUGGUGGCGCCGCGGCGUCGAGCUCGCGAGCGAUUCGUUGGAAGUGAUCGGCGCGGCGAUGAGCUCCGCGAUGCGAACCGUCGGUGGAAUAGGAAUCGCCGCGAUGGCGGCGACGACGAGGGGCGGCGCGGGCGGCGCGAUGCCGCCGGCGAAGCGACGGAAGAAGACCGUCGCGCCGGUGAAUCGAGGGAACCGAAGCGCCAACGCGAAGCGCGCGCGGCUGGCGAAGACUUUUUCGACGCCGCCGCCGACGACGACGACGCGGCCGACGGCGAAGAGGACGCACGCGCGCGCGAUCCCACCGUGUCGCAAGGUGCCCGCGAGCGUCGACGCCGCGUUCGCGCGCGAGACGGUGCACGAGACGAUCGUGGACGGGCUGGCGCACAUCGUGCAGUGGGUGCCACCGGCGCGCGACGGCCCGGCGGCGCGCGACGGCGGCGCGUGGUUUUUCGGCGACGGCGACGAGGACGAAGUCCUUAAGGAACGGCGUUCACCACGCGAACGCGGUCGUAUGGGAACCAGUCACGACGCGGACGAAACCGAAACCGAAACCGAAACCGAAACCGAAGACGCGCGCGGGUGGUGGCUCGUCCCGGUGUCGUUCCCCGACCGCGUCCCCUUCGCCGCGCACCUCGCGCUGAUCCCCGCGCCGAACACCGCCGCGAGCGGCGCUGCGCUCUUGAACGACGCGAGCGCGCUCGACGCGCGCGUCGUCGCGGAGCUGACGCCUCCGACGGUGUAUCAUCAAUACCGCGCCGCGGUGAAGUUCAUCACGAGCUGCGCGCCCGGCGCGAGGAUCGUGUGCUGGGCGGACGAGGACGCGCUGUGGGCGAAGCAGCCGCGCGGGGCGGACAGGCUCGCGGGUGAGGCGACGGCGUUGAAGGUGCUCGACCUUCGGACGUGUCGGUUCGGGGAAUUCGAAUUCCUCGAAGGCGCCGCGUCGGCGGCGCCGCUCUUGCGCCACGUGCAAGCGAUGCAGUGGUCGAAGUCCGGGGAGCGGCUCUUGUUUUUGUUGUCCGUGCACUCCGCGGACGACGCGGGCGCGCCCUCGCGGGCGACGCAUCAGUGGUGCGUCUGGGAUCCGCCCCGGAAGGGACUCGACGCGGCGGCUCGUCGACGCGACCGCGACGCGCCGGUUUCCGAUCGCAUGGACUACUACGGGAGCAUCACGCGCGGGUCUUUCCACACCCCGUCCGCGACGUUUCUCGACGGGUGCCUUCCCGCGUUCGAGCAGUUCGCGGCCACGCACUCGCUGUGGAGCCCGGGGGAGGACGCGAUGUGUUUCCCGGCGAGGCGGUUGCGACGCUCGAACGACGACGACGACGACGACGACGACGACGACGAGACGAGCGAGGUGAUUUACGUGCAAAAGUUUCCGCGCGGCCGCAGGAAGAACCAUCUCAGUCAAGACUUCUUCGAGGACGGGUACUUGCCGUUCACGGAUAUCACCAUGGCGAUCCCGGUCGAGGUGGCCGAGGGGAGCUUUUGCGCGUGGUCGCCGUGUUGA